CAACACCACCUCUAAGGCCUAAGCUCAUAGCAAACAGAAAUUCUUGUUUUUUUUUCUCCCUUAAUUUUUCUCUGACGAUGAUGAUGGCGUCGACGACCGUCGAGGGUGCCCUUCUGAAACUCCCUUCUCUGAGAAUCAUGAGCUCAAGUCCGAGGUUAAAUGGCCGGAAUUCGUUAAGGUUGCCGGUUAAUCUUGGCGUGCGAGCCAUAACUUCAGCCUCAGCCGCGGAAGCUGCCCGGGUUCCAAUCCCUGUGGACGACACUAAGCUUGGGCCAGGCUCUCUGGGCCACAUAACUCGGCCGGAUUUCCCUAUCCUUCACCAGGUAGUGGAUGGGAAGAAACUCGUGUAUUUGGAUAAUGCGGCCACUUCGCAGAAGCCUAUUCAAGUGUUAAAGGCUGAGGAGAAGUAUAACCUCUAUGACAAUUCCAAUGUUCAUCGUGGUAUUCAUACGUUGAGUGUAAGGGCCACGGAUGCAUAUGAACAAGCCAGGCAAAAGGUGGCCAAUUUUAUCAAUGCCGCAGAUUCUAGUGAGAUUGUUUUCACGAAAAAUGCUACGGAAGCUAUCAAUCUUGUUGCUUACACUUGGGGACUAACUAACUUGAAACCGCAAGAUGAGAUCAUACUCUCGGUUGCUGAACAUCACAGCAAUUAUGUUCCCUGGAUAAGAUUAGCUAACACGACUGGUGCAGUUCUCAAGAUUGUGAGCCUUACUGAGGAUGAAGUUCCAGAUGUAGAAAGUUUGAAGGAAAUGCUCUCAGAGAAAACAAAGCUUGUCGCCAUCCAUCACGUCUCAAAUGUGCUAGGGUCAAUCCUCCCAAUUGAUGAUAUAGUCAGUUGGGCGCAUGGUGUUGGUGCGAAAGUGCUUGUAGAUGCUUGCCAAAGUGUUCCACACAUGGUGGUUGAUGUCAGGAAACUUGGUGCUGAUUUUCUUGUUGCUUCUUCUCAUAAGAUGUGUGGGCCUACAGGCAUUGGAUUCCUAUAUGGUAAGAGUGAGCUCUUGAAUGCCAUGCCGCCUUUCAUAACUGGUGGAGAGACGAUAGUUGAUGUAUAUUUGGAUCAUGCCACUUUUGCUGAAUCCCCUUCCAGAUUUGAGGGUGGUACGCCUCCAAUUGCACAAGCAGUUGGGUUGGGGGCAGCAAUUGACUAUCUAUCUGGAAUUGGCAUGCAACGGAUACAUGAUUAUGAGGUCGAGCUGGGUAAUUAUCUGUAUAAGAGUCUAUUAUCAGUACCCAAUGUUCGUGUUUAUGGUCCUGCACCUUCAGAAGAAGUUGAGCGUGCAGCUUUAUGUUCGUUCAAUGUUGAAGGGGUUCAAGCAACUGAUAUCUCUUUCUUUCUUGACCGGCUGGUUCAUGAGGUUCAAGUUUACUAUCUUCUACUGGUUUCUAUAGAAGUUUUUUUCCUCAAAGAAACCUUUCAUGGUUUGAGCUUGUGUACUUUAUUCCUGUCAUUCAACAUGCUACAUUUUUUCCUUCCAGCAUGCGAUAGCUGUGAGGUCCGGUCAUCACUGCGCUCAGAAUCUCCAUCGUUAUCUGGAGGGAACAAAAGAAGAAAUAAAACCAAGUGCGAGAGCCAGCCUUUACUUUUACAAUACAAAGGAGGAUGUUGAUAAUUUCAUACGGGGUCUAACUGAGGCCAUUAGUUUCUACGCUUCUAUAGUUUAGACGUUAUUGCGUUCUUCUUCUUUUCUUUUCUUUUUUUAAUAAUAAUUAUUAUUAUUAAUAUAACUUUUUUUUUUAUGUUUCACUUCUGUAAUUAGUUUCUGUAGAACUAGUGCCUUUGUGGUACUAAAGUUUUACAUGGUCUGUUUGGGUUGUUCCUUGUUGUUGUUAUUAGUUUCAGUGCGUUUUUUUUUUUUUUUUUCUGUUGUUGCUGGAAAUGUAAUAUGUUAGGUGUGUUGGGAUGAAGUAUAUAUUAAUUAAAAUUUCUGAAAAAGAACGUAGUGAAUGUCUUUUUCGAAGGGUUUGAUUGGUCUGUGCAAGCAUGAGGCUCGUGCGGAAGAAACUUUUCAGAAAGGACUCUGUUUGAUUAUGGCCAAAAUGAGGCUGGUUAAUCCUAAUCACGAGGUUCUGUGUUUCGGUAUUCGGGGACAAAUGACGCGUAAAUAUGGAUCUUGGUCAUAGGUUCAAUGCAAGCUCCUCCAGCUGCUGUAUUGCGCAACUAUGGUUCUUGUCUUGAUAAGAACUUAGGUCUAAAUGUAAUACUUCCUCAGUUCCUUGUUACAAAAGAAUAAUUAUUUCAGAGUUAUUUCUUUUAUAUUGGAAGUAUUUAAUCAAAACUUGACCAAUUCUUUUUCA